CUAUUCUUCAAUAAAAAAUAAUCCCACAGAAAAUUUCUCAUACAUCUUUUAAGACUCAUUUACUCCAUAGAUCACCUCUGUCCUUUCUUUUUCUUGUCAUUUGUCUGUUGAAGAACCUGGGCCUUUGAUCACAGAAUUUCCCACUGUCUGGCUUUGCGGGUGGAACUUCCACGUCUGCUGGUUCCUCUUCAUAAGUUAGCAACUGUUGAGGCUGAACACCUCUACCUAUGAUUUCGCUGUGGACAGCAGAAUGGCCUGGCGCAGGCGCUGGUUCGUGCUGCGGCGGGGCCGCCUGAGCGGCGACCGCGACGUCCUGGAGUACUACCGAAGCCAGCGCGCCCGCAAGCCCAUCCGCACCAUCGACCUCAGCGAGUGCGCCGUCUGGAAGCACGCGGGCCCGGGCUUCGUUCGUAAGGAAUUCCAGAACCAUUUCGUGUUCAUUGUCAAGACUGCAUCUCGCACGUUCUAUCUGGUGGCCAAGACCGAGGAAGAAAUGCAGGUGUGGGUGCACAGCAUCAGUCAGGUCUGCAACCUCGGCCACCUGGAUGACAGUGCAGAUUGUGUGGAGAGUGGCUCUCACGCGCCUUCCUGCGUGCAGCCCUCUGCCGCCAGCUCCCUUUGCACCGCCCCUGCUGUCAGCUCCCUGCCAAGAGAUGACCCAAGCACUAGUACUGUAGCCACUGAGGAAACCGGAAGUGAGUCAGAGUUUCUCUUCCUUCCUGAUUAUCUGAUUCUAUCCAACUGCGAGACGGGAAGACUGCACCAUGCCAGUCUCCCCACCAGAUGUGACAGCUGGUCAAACUCGGAGCGCUCACUGGAACAGGGGUCCUUCGACGACGUUUUUGUGGACGGCCCGCAGCCACUGCCCUCCGGGAACCUGGCCUGCCCCUCACGCCCUGGGAACAGUUCUCAAGAGGCCCCUUCCACGAGGCCCCCGGCUGCCCUGAUCUGCACGAGACAUGUCAAUGGCCCGUCCAGGGACCACUUUUCUUUACCGGUGCUGGAAACUUCCUUAAACUCCACCGUCCAGGUAGAUCAAAACCAAGCUUCCUUGCCCUACGGGGUAAAAGAACUAGAUGUUAUGUCCAACACGCCACCUCCCCGCCCCCCCAAGCCAAGCCAUCUCUCUGAACGGCGCCAUGAGGAGCAGCUCCUGUGCGGUGGGCCCAGUAGCAUCAAGAAGCCGGAAGGCACUGUGGUACCGAGAAGAAUCUCUCUCUCUGGUUUAGAUAACAUGAGAACCUGGAAAGGUGAUGUAGAAGGCCAAUCUUUAAGACACCGAGAUAAGCGGCUAAGUUUAAAUUUGCCGUGCAGGUUCUUCCCGAUGUCCCCUCCAGCUUCCGCCAGCACUGAGGACAGCUACGUGCCCAUGAGCCCCCAGGCCGCCGCCUCUGCUCUCGGACCCCACUGCAGCCCUGACGACUACAUCCCAAUGAGCUCAGGAAGCAUCUCCAGCCCAUUGCCCAAGCUCCCGGCGGACCUGGAGCCUCCCCCCGUGAACAGAGAUCUCAAGCCUCAGAGGAAACCACGGUCACCUCCCCUGGACCUGAAAAGCCUCUCCACCAUCCGGGAACACACGUCUCUCACCAGGACCCGCACUGUGCCUUGCAAUCGAACCAGCUUUCUCUCUCCAGAAAGAAAUGGUAUUAAUCCUGCAAGAUUUUUUGCCAAUUCUGUUUCCAGAGAAGAGGAACAAAGCUACAUGCAAAUGGAGGAGCACGGAGAAGCCAACUUGCUGAGCAGUGGAGCUCUGACGUGGACGAGGAAAUUCAGCCUGGACUAUUUAGCCCUGGACUUCAACUCGGCGUCACCAGCCCCUGUGCAGCAGAAACUUCUCUUUUCAGAGGAGCAAAGAGUAGACUAUGUCCAAGUGGAUGAGCAGAAGACGCAAGCUCUCCAGAGCACCAAGCAGGAGUGGACGGACGAGAGGCAAUCCAAAGUGUGACGGGGCUGGGCUGCGGGCAGGGGGCUCUGAGGGAGGCCAGCCCUUGUCACCGGCCACGCUGGCCCCUGCCAAGCCUCAGGCCGGUGGACCGGGAUGUAGAAAACUCCAUUCAGGCAGGGUAGGAACAAUCAAAGCAAAAGUGGCGUUAGAAAUCUUCUCCGGUGGAGCCUUUGACGUGCAGAUUGGAGCCAACAGGAUGACAUCUUUUGACUCCAACGCCUGAAGUUUCGAUCUCUCUCCUGUGCUUCCACUGGAAUCAUAAAUGAUCCUAGGAGAGACGCGCCUGGGCACCAUCUUGUCCCCACCCCUGAAGGCACAGUGCAAGACACCAAGCCUAGUGAUGGUGGCAGAAGGACAAUGCGAGUGACAGGAGCCUUGAGUCCCGAGGUCCGUGAGGAGCACAUCAGAUGAGGCUGGUGUCCCAUUGCUGUUGGCUUUCUCCCGGCAUGCUUUCACACGCAUCGUCUCACCUCUUCCCCUCAAAGACCUCGGAAGCUAGGCUUGGCGGAGAUCACUGCUCCCACUUUGAGGAAAACAAUACCAAGAACCAGAGAGGGGAACGCUUGACCCAAGACGACUCGUGGAGUGAGACAGCAAGUCAGGCUCCUUCCGCCGUCUAAUGCUGCCUCAGUCACUUAGGAUGACUUCAGAGACACGUGGGAAACACGUGCGGACACGGGGUGGCUCAUCCUCUCCUCUCCCUUUCACAGGAUCUCGAGCAGGUGCUUUUUCACUUGAAAGGUAUGCCUGUCGAGCCAGGGUUUCUUUGUAUGGUGCUCAAACGGGGCACUCGAACACAAUCAGCGGUUACCAUUAGAGACACCUCCCAACAGUCAGUGUGAAAUGCGUUCUUGGUUCACACGGUCCCCUUGCCACCUCGGGGAAAGCUGUCCCUGGCCAUCCUGUGCUGGACUCAAGCUUCUGAGUGAUAUAGUUCUGAUCCAAAACAAAAUCAAAGAACAAACCAAACACCGGUGACUUCAAGUCUCAGGUUUCCUGGCUACUUUUCCCUUCUGCUUUCGUGGCGACUAGCCCCUGAGACCGCACACAUUCCCAGCAUGCCAUGAGGGCAUCUUGUCACCCCUUCCUCUGUGGGGCACUGGGGUUCAGGGGACGCAGACAACAGGCUCGACUGGGCUCAGAGUUUUACAUAACGCCCUUUGCCGAUCCUUCUGAGUGCCUGCGGCCAGAGGACAAACCUCAACAACCGGGUAGUAAGCAGGUUCCGGCCCACUGUUCUGCCACGGUGUCUUAUAUAGGAGGAUGGACCAAGUAGGCGGGCAGGUCUGCGGCAGCCAGGGUGAGGCAGGGCAACUGUAGGCUUUGCUGCAGGGUUUCGGGGUUUCGAACUGCUCCGAAGGUAAGUACCAAAAUCUUGGUUUUUCAGACCAUAAAAGAAGUAAUUUUGAUGUUCAAAGCAGCACGGUCUGGUGACAUCAUUUUCUUCCCAGAGCAAGAUGGGGGCCAAUUGCCAAGGGCUUUAACUAAGUCCUUAGCGAGUCUGGACUGAGCCACGGGAGGGCUCCCUGAGCCCACGGCCUGCUCCAUGGCCAGAGCCUGUAAGGGGCUGCCUUCUGCCUUCUGUGACUUGCAGGGAGUCACAGAGCCUCAGGCAAGAAUCCAGGGCUACAGGCUGCCAGUUCCCAUAGAUGGUGGCUUCCUUAUGUGUGGGCCACCUGUGUUUAGCUCACUGAUUGCCUGACAAAGGCCAGUGCAGAAAAAUUGUACAUCCAAGUGUCAAGAAGCUCACCAGAUUGAAGAUAGAUUGGAAUAGUAAAUGCAGCUGAAACUUUGUCGGCAGUGAAAUGUCAUCCAGUUGACCAAAACACAAAAAUCUGUUUCUACAAGACAUUUCCAGGGACAUACUUACUGCACGAAACAAUAGACAUUUGUGCAGUGUGACUUGUCUGGAAGUGAUUAGGGAUGUAAAGAAAUAUGACUUCGCCCUCAUGUCCAGGGUGUGGGGGUGAUGUCUUGCUUUGAUAAAACUGCUAAUGGAUGGCUACACAAAGGCAUAAUGAUUCAGGGACACAAAAUGCAGGUAGUUUUUGAGCUGACGGCAGCAUAUGCUCCUGAGAAGGGUACCGCAAAUCACAGUGAUGCCGGCCAACUCUUGUUUUCCAGCAGAGAUAGUCCACGUGUAAUAGAGGGCUAUGGUUCUGAUGGGGUCUGAGGGAUUUUUGUGUUUUUUUUUAACAGAAAUGAUCCCAGAUACCACUCCAAGUCAAGUACACAUGGCAUGUCUGCACACUGUGCAGAGUACACCUUUCUAGAAGAUUUGGGAAUCAACAUAACGGGACAGUGCAGCAAUUAAUCUCGCAUUAUUUUCUGUAUCUCCUUUUUGCUUCGUUUCCUUCCGUCUCCUUUCAUGAGGAAAUACUUCCAGAUCAGGCAUUUUGUCAUGCAGAAAGGGGGACCGAAGGGUCUCAAGCCUAAGUCCACAGGCCCAGGAACGUUGGGAGUUAAGUCUUCCUUGGGGAGGGAGGAGCCCUGAGGCCCAGCACACAGCCUGGCUACAAGGGCACGGUGUGACCCUGGGGACUCAAUGUCCAGGCCACUUCACCACGCAGCACGCAGCAGCUGAAUCGUGGCCAUUGGGCCCGGGUCGAGACUGAUGGCUCCCCUUA